AUGAAUGCGAAAUGUAGUGGUAGCAAAUCCAUCGAACAAUCUUACUGCGCCAGCAAAUCAACGCAAGGUCACAGUUCUGUUGUAGAUCAGCUGCAAUCAGAUAACCAUAUCAAUGAGUUGGGGGAUGAUGUGACGCUGGAUGAUGCUUUGCGUAUGGAAGUUACAUCUGCUCUGAAGGAAUGUGGAGAAGAUAAUAGCGGCAAUAAAUUGGGAGUUGAUAAUGUGAUGGUGGAGGAGGAUGCCUUGCACAAGGAAAUUUCAUCUGUGACAAAGAAUAAUGAUUUGACUGUUUUUACUUUAGUUGGCAAGACUGCAAGAAGUGAGAAAGAAGCUUAUGAUUUGUAUAAUGAUCGUGCCCGAUUGAUUGGUUUUAGUGUGAGAGUGGGAAAACAGAAGUUUAGAGGUAAGACUGAUAAAGUUAGGAUGAAGAAAUUCGGUUGUAACUGCGAAGGAUACAAGAGAUCCAGUGGAAAUGGUGAUGUGUGCCAUGAGAGGAUUAACUUUUGGUGUGGGUGUCCAGCUUAUAUCCAUUAUACUGUUGACAAAGAUGGCUUGUGGACAUGUACAAAGCAUCUGGUUGAUCACAAUCAUGAUCUUGUGCCGAAUGAAAUGAUUGGACUUCUUCGAUCUCAACGUGAAGUAGAUGAAAAUGAUAUGAAGAUAAUCAGAGACAUGACAAGGAGUGGCAUCCCUUUGGUUGAUGCAUAUAAGUUUGUGGCAAAAUUACACGGGGGAAGUCCGAACAUGAAGUAUACUUUGAGAGAUGCCUACAAUUAUGAGCAUCCUAGUGUUGGAUUUGAAGGUGGCGAUUGUAAUCAGCUCAUGAAGAUUUUUUGGGACAGGAAGGAAACUGAAGAAGAUUUCUUCUUUGAUUUUGACUGUGAUGAGCAGGCUGUGAGGGGUGAAGAUCUACACUGUAGCCAGGGAAACAUCAAUUCAUAUCUUCCUGGUAACCCUUUCCCGGAGAGCAUUCGCAGAGUGUACACAGUUGAAGCAUUUCGGGAGGUUCAGCAGUUGCACAAAGAUGGGAUAUUGUGCAGGCAGGAGCAGUUAGAGGUUUCAAAUGAUGGCAAUAUUGUGACGUACAAUGUUUGGCGGUUUAGGAUAGAGCACUUUAAGCAUGUGGUUGUACAUGACACUAGGUUACAGAGAUUCUCAUGCACGUGCAGGUACUACUCUGAGGUGGGCAUGCUUUGUUGCCACAUUCUUCGAAUCUGUCAUGUAACCUCUGUUGAUGAGUUUCCUAAAGAUAUGUAUGAGAUGGACAAAAGGCUUAAAGAAGAACUCGGCAUUUUCAUUGGUUCAAAUAAUAAUGAUGAGUCUGUAGAUAAUGAUGGUGUUAUAAAGAAUCCGACUGUCAAGAGGAAGAAGUUUGGUCCCAGGAACGAACGUCCUAAAAGCAUUGUUGAGAAGGCAUGUAACAAAGUCAGAGGCAGGAAAACAAACGCAAGAAUUGCUGCUGACCGAACAAGAGCUUCAGUUGCAUCAGACCUGCAUUAUCAAAGCAUGCCAUUUCCUUAUCCAAAGGGAGCUGCUCAAGAUUUUUCAGGCUCGGGAAGUUUUGCUGCUGUUAAUGCUUCCCAUCAAAGCAUGCCAUCUUUGAACGUAAAUUCUGAUGGAUUCUCAUUGACUAAUCCAAGUGUAGCUGCCCAGGAUUUUUCAGGGGCAGGGGCUUCCACUUCUGUGAAUGCUUCUGAUCAAAGCAUGCCAUUCAUCAACCAAAAUUCCAGUGGAUUCUCAUUUCCAAUUCCCAAGGGAGCUGGCCAGGAGUUUCAAGGCGCAAGCACUUCCAUUGCUGUGAAUGCUUCUCAUCAAAACAUGACAUUUAUGAAUCAAAACUUUGGUGGGUUCUCAUUUCCUAACCGAAAGGAAGCUGUCAGGGAGGCUGGAGCGCAGCGUCUCUUCAAUAAGAUGUUUUAUUAG